AUGAUCCGUCAAAUCGCCGCCAUUGCUGCCUUCUUGUGCCUUGCCCACGCUGCUCCUUUCACCAGCAUUGAGGAUAUCCCUGCUGAAUACAGAGAACUUAUCCCUAAGGAAGCCAAGGAAUUCCUCACUGGACUUUCUGAGGCCGACAAAGGUGUACUUAAGGAUAUUGCCAAGGACUACGCUAAGUUCAAAAACGAAGAUGAGGCUUUGGCCGCACUGAAAGAGAAAUCACCCGAACUUGGCGCUAAGGCAGAGAAGUUACACACUAUGGUGAAAGAAAAGGUUGACGCUCUUGGAGAUGAAGCUAAGGCUUUCGCUAAGGAGAUCAUCGCUGGAGCUCGCAAGAUCCAAGCUCAGGUUGUCGCUGGCAACAAACCCAAUCUCGCCGAACUGAAGGAGAAGGCCCAAAGUGCCAUCAACAAGUACAAGGCUUUGUCCGACGCUGCUAAGGAGGACCUCCAGAAACAAUUCCCCAUCCUUACCUCUGUCUUCAAGAGUAAGAUAUUACGACGAGAAGUUCCAAAAGAUGGCCGAAACUCUGCUUGCCAAGCAGCAGAACUGAGCUCUUCCACUCACAGUUCCAGAGGAAAACGUGUACUUUAUGUAUCACUCAUGUCAUAUGACGCACCCGGAGUUUAUCGAAAUGUCAGGAUUGAUGUUACUGAUCUGUGCAGUGAUAGAGCACUCAUUAAUACAAGAUACAAUCGUCUAAAUGCGAGAAAUGUCAAGAUGUAUCUAACAAAGAGGAUUAUGAAAAUUACGGAAAUCAAACCAGCUUUCUUAUUCAGCUGGGAUGCUGCAAAAUAG